CGACCAAGCCGGUCUUCGUUCCGACGCGGAGCUUUGCGGCCUCAUCUUCCAUGAAGGAGGCAGCUGCCACUCUACCUGCGAAGAAGCCCGUGGGCGCAUUCCGUGGAGGAAUCUUCGGCUUCCUCUCCGGCUCGCUUGCUGCCGGCGUUGCCGUCUAUUACUAUGUACUGGCCGAGUACAGAAUUUCCAAUGAGAUGUUGACUGAAGAUAUUUAUGCUCUUCAAACGGCUACUCAAAAGCUGCACACCUAUAUCGGCGAGCUAGAAGCCAAGGUCGACCAACUCAAAAAGACUAAAUAACCGGACAGCAUAUCUACUGCCACGGUCUUCUUUCUUCUUCUCCGUUCUGAUAUCAAGGGUCUGUUUGUUUCCAAUUACUACUUCUGCCGGAGUUCAUCGCCCCACGGGCCUUAGCAUAGUAUUUUGACCUGCUUCCUCAGACGCAGUUUCUGUGGGAACGAGCAUCGUAAAAUUUCAUUGAUGAGGGGCUAUGUGUAUGCUCUCAACGGUAUAUGCAGAUGUUACUUAUUCGAGUAAGUCUGGCAGCAGAGAUACAUAUUCAAUGUGAGAUCAAUC